AUGAUCUUCACUAUUUCUCAGGCGGCGGUAGCUUUUCUGCUGAUCUCCAGCAUCGCUCCAUCGCCGCGUUUGGAAGAUGGUGCGUUCUUGCGAAGUGCAGUGGAAACUAUUCCAGAGCACGACCCUAUUGCACAACCAAUACGAGCGUCCGUUGAAAGUAUACCACUCAGGAAUCUACGGGAUGAAGGGGAUGGACGUCUGCCCUUGAGAGACGCUGUUGAGAAGCGACCAAUCCCUGUGAUAGAUCCUAAAUUUUUGUCUAAUGUCAUUGAGACAAGUGAUAAUUUACUGGAAAAUGUACCGAGUUUCGAAGACUACAAUGAGUAUUACGGAGCUGCUAGCCAUUUAAACAAGGCUCCACCGUUGGCAUAUACCGCAGGCCUGGUGCCCCGCUCUUGCACACACCUACACUACGCCUUUGCUGGCAUCCAUCCGCACACCUAUGCUGUCAUACCUUCCAACGAAGAUUACGAUAUUAUCAAAGGUGGUUAUCGAAUCGCCACUGGAUUGAAGAGACGCCUCUCCGGACUCCGGGUAUUGAUAAGUAUCGGUGGUGACGGCACUGGACGUCUGUUCAGCGAAAUGGUACAGGAACCUUACAGAAGAAGCGCGUUCAUUGACAGCGCACUUGCAUUUUUACAAGAGCACGACUUUGAUGGUAUUGAUCUGCAUUGGAUUUAUGCCGGGGAUAAGGAUGACAAGGAAAAAGAGCUGUUGACGACUUUGCUUUACGAGCUUCGUGAAAAAUUGUCAUCGUAUGGAUACCUUCUCUCUACCGUACUACCGCCAUUUAGAUACCAAAUUGAGGACGGGUACGACUUGAGUGCGGUUAGUGGCGCUACCGAUUACGCGAUCUUACAAGCAUGGGACAUGACACACGGCAAGCGCGAUGAUCCACCGUCAAGAGCUGUUCAGCACAGCGCCCUUCAUCGUGACCCUGGCGCUUCAGCCCGAGACCAACGAUAUGACAACGUUGAAUUUAUGGUUAAGUACAUUCUUCGCCACGGUAUGUCCGCUGAAAAGUUAGUAUUGGGAGUUCCUUUAUUCGGUCGGAGCUACACUUUAUCUCCAUCGACGUUGCCAGCCCCUGGAGCUUCUAUCAGCGGAUGGGGUGAUGAGGGACCCUACACACAAACACGAGGAAUGUUAGCCUACUUUGAGAUUUGUAUGGCUGAACGCGAAGGUAAAGGAACGAGCGGCUUGGAUGAAGCUGGAAAUUCGUUUGCAGUUUUCGACAAUCAAUGGGUGACAUAUGAUACCCCAGACACAAUUCUAGAAAAGAUGAAAUUCAUAAUAAGCGUAGGCUUAGCUGGAGCAGCGGCUUGGGCAUUAGACAUGGACGACUUCCGUGGCCUUUGUGGAUCACCAUACCCGAUGAUGAGCGCCAUUUCAACGACAUUGAAUGGAGAGUCGACGCAAACAGAUCAGUCAUCCCUUAAGAUAGGAUCAUGUGAAGCAGAAACACCAUAUUUAGCGUCUGAUGAAGAAUCCUGCGCACACUUCCAUUUCUGCACUGGUGGUAUUAAUUACAGGAUGCUUUGUGAAGAUGAACGGCUUUAUGAUCCAUCAACCGGUUUUUGUGGGCACCAGGAUGUGGCGAAAUGCAUACCCGGACAAAGCUUGCGGAUAAGCGUCGAAGACGCUGCACGAUUUUUAUCACAGGCUUAUGAAAAUGAUUUUGAGUGGAGUAAAGAUGGAUCCCACAAUAAAGAAACGGGGCAACUACUCGACUCGUCACAGUCUGAAAUUAAAAAGAGCAGAGAUAAUGAUAAGCGUGUUGUCUGUUAUAUGACGAGUUGGGCGUUUUAUAGACGAGGCGACGGCAAAUUCGUCCCCGAACAUAUAGACACGCGCCUUUGCACACAUAUAGUAUAUGCUUACUCCUCUUUGUUGACCGACGAUCUAGUUAUCAAAGAGUUUGAUCCUUGGGCGGACAUAACAAACAAUUUAUAUGAACGUGUCACUUCUCUCCAAGAUGUUAAAGUUCUUUUGGGAUUAGGAGGCUGGACGGAUUCGGCGGGAGAUAAAUACUCACGCCUAGUAUCAUCUAGCGCUGCUCGUACUAAAUUUGUUGUUAAAGCUGUCAGCUUCCUCAGAAUGCAUAACUUCAAAGGCCUCCAUUUAGAUUGGAAUUAUCCUGUCUGUUGGCAGAGCAAUUGUAAGAAAGGCGCAAGGUCCGAUAAACAAAACUUUGCUAAACUAGUGCAGGAACUAUCUAAAGCAUUGCACGCGGCUGAUAUGGAACUGGGGGUAGCUCUGUCCGGAUACAAGGAGGUUAUUGAAGCGGCGUACGACCUGCCCGUCAUAUCUAAAGCUGCCGAUUUUAUGAGCACCAUGACAUACGAUUACCACGGCGGUUGGGAAAGGUCUACCGCACAUCAUACACCGCUGGUUCCAGCUACAAGAGACGCUCUAUCUUAUUAUUCAAUCGAGUAUGCGAUUAAGGCAAUGAUAGAGGGCGGUGCGGAUCCCAAAAAGCUAUUACUGGGACUAGCAUUCUACGGGCAAUCGUAUCGAUUGGCAGAUGUCGAAGGACCAAACGGACCAGGGGCGUCGGCUGCGGGGCCCGGUGAGCCAGGCGAGUUCACUAAACAGCCAGGAAUGUUAUCUUAUUACGAAAUUUGUUACAGAGUGAAAAACUUGCGCUGGAAGACUGGUAGACAAGACCGCGCAGGUCCCUACGCAUACUCAGAUAAUCAAUGGGUUGGAUACGAUGACCCUAAGUCUAUCCGUGAUAAGGUUGAAUGGGCUCUCCGGCAAGGCCUGGGUGGCGUGACCGCUUGGGCGAUCGAUCUGGACGAUUUCAACAACCGCUGCUGUGCUGAGCCAUCGCCGCUUCUCCGGGCUGCCGGCCGCGCCCUGGGCCGCAACGUGCCGGAACCGCCCACGUCUCCUUGCGAAAGGCCUCCAGAGCCCGUCACACCGGCACCUCCAACCACCACGCCCGCCGAAUCCGAUGGUUCCGUCAUCGGUACGACCGAACACCUCCACGACCAUCACGAACACGAUCACACGACCAAACCAACUUCGACCACCUGGCCGGGAUGGAAACCACCAUCCACAACGGCCAUGACUUGGUGGCCACAAGCGACUACAACAAGCAUGAAACCUACGACAACAAAACCCACAACUACCGAACGAACAACAAUCAGAACAACUACCACGCGUCGACCUACCACUGAAGAAAUGGAUUCAGGUGUGGAAGGGUCAUCUUGUGAGGCAGGGGAGUACCGAGCAGCUCCCGGGGACUGCGAAGCGUACUUGCAGUGCGAAGGUGGACAAUGGCGCAAGCACCGUUGUGCUCCAGGACUACAUUGGUCUGCUAAAACUGGUCGUUGCGACUGGCCCAGCUUUGCUAAAUGUACAGAAAAACCACCAAGUGAAGCAAGUACGGCAACGACCACCCUCGCUCCGAUGACUUCUCGCCCGCCACCAACAACAACAACCAGACGUACCACUACCUCGCGGCGAACAACAACCACCACUACCACUACAACAACUACAACUACUACGACAACAACGCCCAAGCCGAAGCCCACAACGACCAGGACCACCACAACAUCCGCUCCCUCAAUAGAAGAUGGCGUCGGAGCAGGACAGCCAUGCAAUGGACAAGAUUACCAAUCCGUCCCCGAUGACUGCAAUUCAUACUUGCACUGCGACGGUACCAUGUGGCGUCUCCAGCGCUGUGCUCCUGGCCUACACUGGAGUCCCAAGCAGAAGCAUUGCGACUGGCCGAAAUAUGCUAAAUGCGAAGCUUCUGCUCAGAAAACUACGACCACUACACCAAAACCUACUCGGCCCUCAAGACCGACUAGACCACCUACAACUACAACAACAUCUUCGAGCUUAGAACAACAAGAAGAUGGAACUUGUGGUGACAAUGAAGUACACGCCCCAGCAAGCACAUGCGAUGCAUACUUGCUUUGUGUAAGUGGCCGCUGGCGAAAGCAGCUCUGUCCACCCGGCCUGCACUGGGAUAAACGCUCUAACCGUUGUGACUGGGUUGAAUUCGCUAUGUGUGAAGACCGGCGAAAAGUGACGUCUGCCGCUAUGGUCGAUAGCACCAAGUUAACCACUACAAAUGACGUACAAGAAGUAGAGAACACGGAAGACAAAACAACAUUUUGCGAAAACGGUCAAUAUGACAGAGACCCUACGGAUUGCACACGUUAUCGCCACUGUCUUUUCGGUAAAUUUGAAGAGUUCUCAUGCAGCGCCGGGUUGCACUGGAAUCAGGAGAAACAAAUAUGUGACUGGCCACAAAGUGCAAAAUGCAAAAUACAGAAGGUGACAACCACCACACAGCCAACCUUGAUGGAUCCAGUUAUAGAUUCUAUUGUUGAACCUGAAAUACCUAUAAAACCAAUUGAAUCUUCUCCCACUACAACUUCAGUAGCGCUAAUAGAUCCUGCGUCUAGGCCUCCUCUUCUAAAUUCACGAUACAAAUUGGUUUGCUAUUACACAAAUUGGUCGUGGUAUCGCCCUGGCCAUGGAAAAUAUGGCCCUGAAGACAUUGACCCAACUCUUUGCACCCACAUUGUGUACGGCUUUGCAGUUUUAGGGUCUGACGGAUUAAUCACUCCUCAUGAUCCUUGGGCUGAUCAAGAAAAUCGUUUGUACGAGAGAGUAGUAGAAUACAAGAAAUAUGGCAUUAAAGUAUCCAUAGCAAUAGGUGGAUGGAAUGAUUCUGUUGGAGACAAAUAUUCAAAAUUGGUUAAUGACCCUUCAGCACGUGCAAGAUUUAUCAAACACGCCGUGGAAUUUAUCGAAAGAUACGGCUUUGAUGGUUUGGACUUAGAUUGGGAGUACCCGAAAUGUUGGCAGGUCGAUUGUUCAAUGGGACCUGAUUCAGACAAAGAAGGUUUUGCGGAUUUAGUCCGUGAGUUAUCCGCAGUAUUAAAACCUAAAGGUUUGUUACUGUCUUCAGCCGUCUCACCAAGUAAGAGAGUAAUAGAUGCUGGUUAUGAUGUACCAGUUCUGGCAAGGCAUUUAGACUGGAUUGCUGUUAUGACCUACGAUUACCACGGUCAAUGGGAAAUGAAGACUGGCCACGUUGCACCCCUAUACUAUCAUCCUGAUGACGAUACAACAUAUUUCAAUGCUAACUAUACUAUGCACUACUGGAUGGAAAAGGGUGCCCCAUCUUCCAAACUUGUUAUGGGCAUACCGAUGUACGGUCAAACAUUCACAACAGAACCUGUGUCUGACAUUAGUUCCCUGAACAUUUGUGAACGUAUCAUGAAUAGAAAAUGGAAGGUAGUUAAGGAUCCUCUACAACGUAUGGGUCCAUUUGCAUACAAAGGCAACCAAUGGGUAUCUUUUGACGAUGUAGAUAUAAUCAAGAAAAAAGUUAACUUUAUCAAAUCAUUGGAUCUUGCUGGUGGGAUGGUUUGGGCACUCGAUCUCGACGACUUUAAGAACAGAUGUUAUCAAGGCCGACAUCCGCUUCUUAACGCAAUAAAAAAUGAAUUAUUGAAUCCAAAAAUUGAAUACGAACAACCUCAAUCCGUGCCAGAUACACAUAAUGAAAUAGACGAAGAUUUGGAAGAUAUCGAAGUGAGACCCGCGGUCACUAAACCUAAGCCUACUACUACUGUGCGACCGAUCAAACAAACAACACCCUAUACUACGACAACUUCCAUUACUACUAAGAAACCAGCUCCUCCAGUUAGUAUGGACGAAGAAGAGCAAUACAAAAUUGUGUGCUACUACACAAACUGGGCCUGGUACAGGCCGGGAUCAGGAAAGUACACCCCGAAUGACAUUGAUCCAUCAAUGUGCACGCACAUUGUAUACGCAUUUGCUGUCCUUGAUAACAAUAAAUUAGUAAUCAAACCUCAUGAUAAUUGGCUAGAUGUUGAAAACAAAUUCUACGAGAAGGUAGUGGCGUUAAAGAGUCAAGGUGUAAAGGUAUUACUAGGUUUGGGUGGUUGGAAUGAUUCCGCCGGAGAUAAGUACUCACGCCUAGUCAACAACCCUUCAGCUAGAAGAAAAUUCGUCGUGCAUGCACUGGACUUUCUGGAACAGUAUGAAUUCGAUGGAUUAGAUCUCGACUGGGAGUAUCCUAGAUGUUGGCAAGUAAACUGUGAAAAGGGUCCAAGCACUGACAAGCAAGGAUUUGCUGAUCUCAUCACGGAACUGCGCUCAUCAUUUGUCCCGCGUGGUCUUCUCCUUUCUGCAGCAGUUUCAGCCAGCAAACAAGUAAUUGAUGCUGGAUACAACGUACCUGUUUUGGGCAAGCAGCUUGAUUGGAUAGCUCUAAUGACUUAUGAUUACCACGGACAGUGGGAUAAAAAGACGGGCCACCUUGCUCCCAUGUACGCUGGUGAUGACGGUACCGAUCAAACCUUCAAUGUGAACUACACUGUUAACUACUGGAUUAAGAAAGGUGCUCCUCGUGAGAAACUUGUAAUGGGAAUACCAUUUUACGGCCAAUCGUUCUCGUUAUUAGAAAAUGCUGGCAAUGGUUUGGGUGCACCAACUUAUGCCGGAGGUGACCCAGGGGAUGAGACAAGAGCACGAGGAUUUUUGGCUUUCUAUGAGAUUUGCGAACGCAUUAGAAUGCAGGGAUGGAACGUAGUCCGAGAUCCUGCCGGUAGAAUGGGUCCAUAUGCCACCAAAGAUGACCAAUGGGUAUCUUUCGAUGACGAAUUUAUGAUUCGUCACAAGGCAGAGUACAUUCGCGCCACUGGUUUGGGUGGAAGUAUGAUUUGGACACUGGAUCUGGAUGAUUUUAAGGGACAAUAUUGCGGUUGUGGCAAAUCACCCCUUCUGUCUACCAUCAACUACGUUCUACGCGGACGUGACGCACCUCCAAGAUGUUCUUUGGAAGAAAUUCAAAGUACAACGACGAGUGAAAGCACUGAAACUGCGAUGACUACAACGCCGACGCCAGAACCCGAAAAAGAAUCCGAUAUCGAAAUUUCUCCCGAUGAGAAUACGUUGGAAGGCAAAGCGUGUUCGGAGAUAACGUUCAAGGCAGACGAUUCAGAUUGCAGCAAAUACUACCUUUGUAUCAACGGACAGUACAUCGAACUUACUUGUCCGGCACCGUUAGUUUGGAACAAGAAUCACUGCGAUUGGCCGGAGAAGGCGCAAUGCAAAGGCAAAGCAAAUCUUAGGCUUACAGAUGGUGAAGCAAUAGAAGAAAACAUAGAUAAACCUAUAAUAGCGUGCUAUUUCACAAACUGGGCUUACUACAGGCCAGAUAAAGGCAAGUUUGGCCCUGAACAAGUAGAUGCGUCUCUAUGCACGCAUAUAAUAUACACAUGGGCCCAUCUCAACAGUAGCACAUUUAAAUUAGUUCCUGGAAUUCCAGAACUUGACGUCGACAAUGAUUUCUUCGGUAAAAUAUCGGAAUUGAAAUUAGAAGGUGUCAAGGUGAUCCUUGGUGUUGGUGGUUUAAAUGACUCCCGUGGAAACAAAUGGAGCGAAAUGGCCAAAAGCAGUGAUAACAGGAAAACUUUCAUAGAAUCAGUUUUAUCUAACAUGAAGAGAUGGAAGUUUGACGGUUUGCACGUUGCUUGGCAGUACCCUGUGUGCGGACAGGAAUCAUGUACAGAAAUUACGUAUGAUGGUGCAGAUAAGAACAAUUUUAAUGCCUUACUGUCAGAAUUAUCAAAGACCUUGCACCAACACAACUUAGAACUGUCGGCAGCUGUGUCACCUAACCCACAAGUCGCCGCGGCCGCUUACAACCCAGAAAUCCUCACAGCGACCCUAGAUUGGAUAGCGAUUGCUGCCAACGAUUACUAUGGCUCGUCGAACAGACGCACGGCAUAUUUAUUACCACUACAAACCAGUCCAUCUUCAGAAAUUGGCGACUUUAAGUCAAUUCUAGCUUACUGGUUGGGUGUGGUCCCGGCGCGUCAGCUAGUAAUGAGUAUUCCAGCUUAUGGCAGAUCCUACACGCUCAGAAGCGAACUCUUCGUGCUCCCUGGCUCUCCCACCACGGGGACUGGUGACGCUGGAAAUUACACACAAGUGCCCGGCUUCUUAGCCUACAAUGAGAUUUGUCGCGGAGUAAAAUCACAGUAUUGGGAAGAGCUGUCUAUUGAUGAAGGAACGUGCGCUGUACACGGGUCCCAAUGGGUGACGUACCUGCGACCACAAGAGGUAUUCCGUAUAAUAUCCACUUCGUCGAGGAUGGGUAUGCGAGGGGCGGCUCUGUGGUCGCUCGACCUGGAUGAUUGGCGCGGAGAGUGCUCCUGUGAGCCUUGGCCGAUUCUCACCGCAUUGAGACAAGGACUACUUGAACCCAACAUUUCGCCUACAUUGUGC